AUGGGUAUGUAUGGAGUCGGUCAACGUAACAGCAAUGGCCAACGUUUGCUUGAUUUUAUGAUUGAGAAGGAUUUUUAUGCCUGUAACACAAGCUUCAAACAUUCAGCUCGUCACAUUACAUCAUGGCACGGUACUACUACAGCCCGAGGUGACCCUGACAAGACCGUGAAAUACUACAAGCAGAUUGACUACAUCCUUUGUAAAUCUAGCUACAAAGUGAAUAUCACGGACGCUCGUUCAUACGGAGGAGCCCUACUCAAAUCAGAUCACAAGCCUGUAGUCGCUCGCGUCACACUCCACCAGAAGUACCUUGUCCAUAAGAAGCACAAGACGUCCAGAAAGCUUGACCUCAAGAGACUACAAGAUCAUGGAGUUAAGAAGAAGAUGCUGAGUACGUUUGAGAAGAAAGUAAGAAUGAGACCCAAGACAGGCAACCCCAACGAUGACCUCAACAACCUGAUAACAGAUGCCUAUAACACUGCUGACGAGGUGCUAGGAACUAUACCUCCAAAAAAACACAAAUCCUUCAGUACUGAUCCUGAGAUCGCUGAACUGUCACUUGAACGCAAGCAGCUGGUGAUUGCGAAUAUGCAGAACAAAUUCCCGACCAACAGGAAGCAUGUCAAGACCAACAUCAACCAGCUAAGACGUAAGAUCACAAAGAGACUCAGAGAUAUCAACAACCGCAGUGCUGACACACUCGUCGAAGAGAUAAACAACACAGACGACGCCCGGAGAUACUUUGGAGCCUCUAAGAUACUCGCCAAAGGAUAUGUUAGACCAGCUCUAACCGUCCACAAAUCUGCUGGGAAUAUCGCAGGUACUAAUGAGGAGAAAGCGAGGAUUAUUAAGGAGUACUUUGAAGCUGAGUUCAACGACGCCGAUGAGCCUACCCUUCCUGCCUUCCUUGACCCCCCAUCUAGCCUUAACAGUCCCAUCACCGUUGCAGAGAUAGAGAGAGCCAUCAGUAAACUCAAGUCUGGUAAAGCAGUGGGUAUUGAUAAAGUUCCUGGCGAGGUCAUGAAAGCCCUGAACAACCCCCUCCUUCAUGAAGUACGUGUACUUGUACUUGAUUAG